CGGAGCACGAAAAGCUUUCUCCUCUCUCGGCUGGCUGGGUUGGUUGGUUGGUUGGUUCGUAGUGUAGUAGGUAGGCGAGGCGAGGCGAGGGGGUUCGGCCGUCGGUGAUGGAGAGUAAGGAGAGCGGGGAGAGGAUGGAGAAGGUGGAGGUGGGCGACGGCGGGAAGAAGCCGGAGGAGGGGACCAAGCAGGCGGCGGCGCCGGUGUGCUUCAAGAAGCCGGCGGGCGAGGACACCGGCAUCCUGGAGACCACCAAGGACUACUUCAAGCAGCUCAAGGACACCAGCGCCGACACGCACUGGGACUGCAUCAAGAACCGGUUCCGCGCCGCCGGCGACUACAUCUCCAACAAGACCAGCUCGGUGUUUGGCAGGCAGAAGGUGGAGCCUGAGGCCAAGGAGGAGACCCCGGGGGCGAAGCCAGAAGGGGCACCGGCGGCAGCUGAGACUCAGUGAAGGCUUGUCCUGAGCUCGUGAUCGUCUUCCAUGAACCAACCUGAAGCUUCAUUCACUGAGAGUUGCGAGGUCUUAUCAGCCUGGAGUUUUUCUUUUCGCUUUGUCCUUGUGUUCGACUAGUUGGGGCAUGGUUUGCCUGAGCGAUUUCGCAUUGUAAAAGACCCGUUCUGGCUGUGGAUCUUAAUCCGGUUGGCGCCGCCGUCAUUUGCGGUGCGUUUUGGUGA